GUGUUAGAGGAAGCGGGGCGACGGCGCGUGCACUGUGUUCCCGGUCCAGGGAUCGAGAGGAUGAUCCUGAGUCUGUUGCAGCCACGUUGGGGUUCCGCACCGAAGCCAAAAGGUUUCGCGUCUCCCAGCGUCCGCGACCGGAAGUCGCCUCUUGGUCUUUGCGAUCUUUUUCUGUUUGGGCUCAAUUUGGGCUGUUUGUGUCCGCAAUUCCUAAAUCGGGUUUCUUGAAAAGAGACACUGAUCUUAAGGGUUAAGACGAAAGAUGGCGGGUGAAAAAGUUGAGAAGCCAGAUACUAAAGAGAAGAAACCCGAAGCCAAGAAGGCUGAUGCUGGUGGCAAGGUGAAAAAGGGUAACCUCAAGGCUAAAAAGCCCAAGAAGGGGAAGCCCCAUUGCAGCCGCAACCCUGUCCUUGUCAGAGGAAUUGGCAGGUAUUCCCGAUCUGCCAUGUAUUCCAGAAAGGCCAUGUACAAGAGGAAGUACUCAGCCGCUAAAUCCAAGGUUGAAAAGAAAAAGAAGGAGAAGGUUCUUGCAACUGUUACAAAACCAGUUGGUGGUGACAAGAACGGUGGUACCCGGGUGGUUAAACUUCGCAAAAUGCCUAGAUAUUAUCCUACUGAAGAUGUGCCUCGAAAGCUGUUGAGCCACGGCAAAAAACCCUUCAGUCAGCACGUGAGAAAACUGCGAGCCAGCAUUACCCCUGGGACCAUUCUGAUCAUCCUUACUGGACGCCACAGGGGCAAGAGGGUGGUUUUCCUGAAGCAGCUGGCUAGUGGCUUGUUACUUGUAACUGGACCUCUGGUCCUCAAUCGAGUUCCUCUACGAAGAACACACCAGAAAUUUGUCAUUGCCACCUCAACCAAAAUCGAUAUUAGCAGUGUAAAAAUCCCAAAACAUCUUACCGAUGCUUACUUCAAGAAGAAGAAGCUGCGGAAGCCCAGACACCAGGAAGGUGAGAUCUUCGACACAGAAAAAGAGAAAUACGAGAUUACGGAGCAGCGCAAGAUUGAUCAGAAAGCUGUGGACUCACAAAUUUUACCAAAAAUCAAAGCUAUUCCUCAGCUCCAGGGCUACCUGCGAUCUGUGUUUGCCCUGACAAAUGGAAUUUAUCCUCACAAAUUGGUGUUCUAAAUAUCUUAAGAACCUAAUUAAAUAGCUGACUACA